GAGGUUGCGGGCCCUCUCACCGGUUUUAACCACCUCAGUCAGAGUGCCGAUCCGCCCAGACUACUAAAUAUCCUCAUUGGUCAGUUAUCUGAGGGAUUGUCGCUGGAUGUCGGUGGCUGGUUGCUAGUGGCCAAUCAGAAAAUGCGGGGUAGUACCGGUACAGGACAGCCACCCACCGACGACGUCAUUGGCCCGUGACCGACUCGCCCUGGCGCCUCCUGCGUGGAGGGUAUAAUUGAGGUGAGUUCCCCAUAUUUUUUCCCUUCUUUUUCAACUCUCUCCCCCUUCGUCUCCAGCUGUCUCUCGUUCGAUAAUUAGCGCCCUCAGUUUCGUUUGGGUGUCUGUGGGUCAAACCAAGCCCUGCGGAAUCCUUUUGAAAGUGACACAUAACGCCUAAUUACGGUACUGUGGAUCCGGGCACAUCGAGCUGUCCCACACCGAACCUCAGCCUUGAGCUAAGCGAGAGAGAAGAAAAAAAUGGCUUUCUGUACGUCACCGGGCCCGUUUUUAGGGGAUGGUGUCUUUCAGGAAACAUGUUGCUGAUUAAAUUAUAAAUCCUAGCCAACCCAUUCUCUCGUGACGUCGAGGGUAAUAGCCGCAACAUUCCUGCCUAUCGUGCCUUCACUAUUAUCUCGUGGCUCCUAUCCUUUGUCGUAGCCAUAGUUUAUAGCAUAUCUCCUCCGCGAGAUGGUCAUUGGACCUCGGGGACCAUCUUAG